CACGAGUCCCCCGUUUUCCCGUAGGUUCAUUAGGCUGCACACACUCUGUCUCCAAUCCCUCGAAUUUUCCUCUUUUUUAUGCUACAACUAUCGGCAACAUGGUUCGAAAGGAUCCCAUCUUUGAAGCUCGUACUAAUGUCAAAUUGCACUCCAAUCGACUCAAGAAAGAAGCUGCUCGUGCCGAGUCCACGUUUAAGUCCGAAAAGGCAAAGGCCGACAAGGCGAUGAAGAAUCGCGAAUUCCAGAUCGCUCGCAUCCAUGCCUCUUCGGCCGUACGCGAGAAACGAAGACAAGUGACACUCAGGGCAGAGGCGGCUCGUGCAGAUGUUAUUAUCAACGAACUGAAGGCCGCACAGAGCACUCGGGACACGUCUCGCACACUUGCGCUGGCAUCGCGAGGCCUAGAUGCGGCGUCGAAGAGUGUCAACCUCGAGACUUUGGUGUCUCAUGCCAACAACUUCCUGGCUCGCUCGGAGGAUUUCAAAAUCGCCAGCGGCGCGAUCGAGGACGUUGCGCAGGGUGUUUCCAUGCAAGAAUACGGGGCGGAGGGCGAGGCGGAUGUGGAUCGCCUCAUGGAGCAACUUGCCGACGAUGCGGGUGUAGAUAUGCGCAUGGCUUUGGAGGCCGACACGGCACCCAAAGAAGAUGUCAAGGAUCAAAAACAAGCCGAUAGCGAGCUCGAAGAUGGUCUAGGGGCACGGCUCAGAGCUCUCAGGGCCGCUAACUGAGGAUCCUUUCAUUGUGUUCAGCUCUCCUCGCCUUCCCCGGCCUUUUUUUUUUCCGCUCUUUGACCUACCAAAAGAAGGCAGCAGGCAAGAAGCGUGCUGUCUUAUUUUCCCGUCCCAUCUGUGUGACCUUGAGGCUGCACUGUCGAUGCAAGCAUGCCCACAAUAAUGAUCAAUGGACAUUUACGAAGUUAUGCCCUCGAAGUUUUACUAUCCGGCGAUAUCAUAAUAGCUUCCUAAUCUCAUUAUAUCUAGAGAGCUAUUUGCGUUCUGAAGUGCUUGUGGCGUUUUAAAGGAAACCUGUAUUUAUCUGUUGAUCCGGCAGGGCUCUCUCUCUCUCGGGGUUUGAAUAGAAUAAACCAGAAUGAAGCAAGCUUUUAAAAA